AUGGCCCAGUUUGGCUGCCCCUUCUCCAGGGAUCCGCACUGCAAAAGAGCUGGAAGUGGCGGUCCGCGUGACGGGAGUUUCCCAAACCUCCAGACCGGGGCAGCUGAAAGGCGCUACAAUGGCGGCAACAUUCAGGAUGAGCUGAUCUCCAAAGACAGCAAUUCACCCGGGACUCUUGCCAUGGCAAACUGUGGCCAGCCGAACACAGGCGGCUCUCAGUUCUUCAUCAACGUGGCAGACAACAGCUUUCUCGACUGGUUCUCUCCAGGUACAUCAAAACAUCCGGUGUUCGGGAAAAUUACCAGCGGCUACGACGUGGUGGUGCGACUCUCCAAAGCAGAGACGCAAGAUGACGUGCCGACCAAGCCGAUACAAAUGCUGUCUGUGACCAUUGUAGGCAAAACGCCAUCGUAG